AUGCACAUCGUCGGGUGUACCACUGUUUUCCUUCUCGGACUCCCAAAUAUAGCUGAUGCUCUCCGCUUCGGGAAAUGGUGUCCCCGCGCUUGCGACCUUACUCUUGGCUAUGCGACUUUCAACGAUACAGAUCCGUGGCUUUCCCGCAAAAUCCGACAGUGCCGAAGCGAGCUAAGAGUCAGCUCGUUGUAUCUAUGCUUUGAUGACUUUUGCGACUUGAACGAUGGGGAGGUGCCACGCUAUAUUGCCGAGACGAGCGAGUGGUGCGACGAGCACGCGGGCGUAACGUUGCCUUCACUACACGAUGUUGUCGAUCAUUGGACCCCGGAAGAUAGAGCCCAGCUACCAAGACUUAGUGCAGAAAAGGCUCUCAAAUGGCCAGUGUUGAGCUCUGUGGUUUUUCUGGAUGAGUCGUUCUUUGAAAGAGGGUUCACAACUCUGGAUGCUGCUUUCUUCGAGUACGAUAUUCAUGUUGUGUACGGAUGGUACAUGUACUAUUUUUGGAUCGUUGUUGUAUCUUUUGGGGUCUGCUUUCGGCUUCUUGCUCUGCUUACCAAGACCAAGAGUCGAGAGUGGUCAGCCGCGCUCAACGACGAGAACAUCGUCCCCAAAAAUCAGCGCGGUGUGCUAAGCCUACCUAACACCUGGCUCAAGCGCUAUAUCACUGUACCUGCUGCGUUUGGCGAGCGUUGCUCGCAACCUGUUGGUUGGUGUACCAUACCGCCUCGCGCUCAAUCACUCACAAUCGCCGCCUUCAUCAUUCUCAACAUCGUCCUGUGUUGUGCAAGCUACCGCUUGACAGAUGGCAAUCUCUACUGGCCGAAAAAAUCUGACCAGCUGCUGCGUUUUGUUUCUGAUCGAACAGGAAUCAUCUCGCUUGCCAACUUCCCUCUAGUAUGGCUAUUUGGGAUGCGGAACGAUGUAUUGAUGUGGAUGACAGGCUGGGGCUUUGGUACGUACAACGCAUUUCACAGAUGGGCGGCAAGAGUCGCAACGUUACAAGCUGUGGUACAUAGUGUUGGAUAUACCUUGAUGAUAUUGGACAAUGAUGGGUGGUCAAAUUUUUUGAAGUAUUGGACCAAACACUACUUCUGGAACGGCGAACUGGCUACUAUCGCUAUGUGUCUGCUUCUAGCGCUCUCUUUCUAUGGCGUCAGACGAGCACAUUAUGAGAUCUUUCUCGUCACACACAUUGCACUGUCGAUCGCAGCUUUGUGGUCGAUGUAUUACCAUGUGGAGAUAUUCACCAAUGGCGAAUGGAACAUCUUUAUUUGGCCUUGCCUUGGUGUCUGGGUCUUCGAUCGUUUGCUACGCGGCAUCCGCAUUCUGGCAUUCGACUGGAAAGUAUGGAACACGAAAGCUGUUGUCAGCUACGACCCAACAUCGAACCUUGUGCGCAUGGACGUACCGAUGUUGAGGAACUAUAUUACGCCGAAGCCAGGUACCUAUUAUUACAUCUAUGUUCUGAACGAUCUAGCGUACGCUCAUCAGAGCCAUCCGUUCACGUUGGCAUAUGUCGCAUCACCACAGGCAAACGAGCAAAUACCGCUCUCGCCCGUGUCGUCACGACCCUCCAACCAUCGGACCGAUUCAUUUUCGUCUUCUGAAUCAGAUGCACUACUCGCACCCAAGUCUUCCACAACACUGGCACCAUCAAUGGUGUAUCUCAUACGACCUUAUGACGGCUUCACAUCGCGACUCAAAAAGCGCUGCCUCUCACGCCCCAAAACACUUCGUGUCAACAUUGAAGGGCCGUACGGGCACAGUGUACUACUAAGAAAGUUCUCCAACAUCUUGUUUAUCGUUGGCGGAACUGGAAUCGCGGUACCGUUAUCGCAUCUCGCACAUCUGCUCGCUACCGAGUCGAACGUGCAAAGUGUGAAGAUCGUAUGGGCAGUCAGGGAGCAUGAGUUCUUGAAUUCCAUGCUGCGUGAGUUCAAGCAUCUGCUUGCUGACGAACGAUGCAAUCUCGAGGUACAUGUCACUCAAGAUGUUGAGCACAAGGACGACAUUCCUGAGCACGCACCACGUGGCGUGACGAUUGAAGUUGGCAGACCAAAUGUACACUCGUUAGUCGGAGAAGCAGCGCAUGAUGUUGGUCGACUGUCUCUUGCUAUUGUAGCGUGCGGCCCUGCACGAAUGGCUGACGAAGCUCGCAUGGCCAGCGUGCAAAUGCUUGGCCAGGGCUUCACAGGCGUCGAGUAUUUUGAGGAGUCUUUCAAAUGGUAG